CGGUUAGGGUAUUAGAUGGCCCGACAACGUUUCUCCUUCAAAAUCCCAGAAGCAGGAGAACGAACUUGGGAGUGGAGAGCGAUCAAGUCGGUGGCCAUGGCGACGCUCUUCAUCGCCCUCCAGUGCUGUAACUGCUCCACGAUGCAGGUCGGUGGCACCCAUCUCUUCUUCUCUCCUCUCCCUGUUCGCGCCUGCAACGUGGUGAAACUGCAGGUGAAGCAGCAGCGGAAGGGCACCAUCUCCAAGUGGGUCUGCGCCGUCUGCAACCAGCGGCAGUCGGUCCGGCGGAUCCACGCGCGCGGCCCCCUCGCUCGCGACCUCCGCGAGUUCGUCCAGGACUUCAACAUGGCCCGAGCCGCCGCUGAAGCCGAUCUGGGAAAUCCAAAUCCGCCCCUUUCCCGCGCAGAAGACGACCCCUUCUCCGUCUCGAAGAGGAGAACGGAUUGGUCCGAGUACCUGGAUCUGGAAGCUGAUCUCGAUGGAAUCGAACAAGAUGCUUCGCCGGAGCCUGCGGUGGUGGUGACGCAACUGCCUCUGGCGAAAUCAGCUACCAAGAGGAGUUCCUGCUUCAAGUCUCCGGUGGAAAAGAGGAAGAAGACGCCAAUUGGUGUUUCAGCAGGAAAGGCGGUGGCGAUGGACGAGAAGCGCGGUUGCGGUUCGUCGAAAUGGAGCGAAUACUUGGAUUGUGAAGAAGAGGAAGAAGGGGAAGCGAUGAAGGGAGCGAAGUGGUGUGAUCACGAGGAAGCAGUGGAGGAGGAGGUCCGCCCAGACUUCAAGUGAUUCUUUGCUCGAGUGUUCUUCAUGUGAAACAAGAAGAAAAUUUUGCUGUGCUAUAAGCAAUUUACUUACCGAUCUGUGAAGGAAUUGGAAUCAUGAUACAGAGCGCAAGAAAUUUUGCA